GGAGCUGGGCAGGGCGGCUGGGCAGGGGCGCUGGGCGAAGUAGAGAGGGAGGCGGGUCGUCUAUAAGAGGCCCCCCUAAUGUUGCCCCACAUCUCUGUCCCUUGUAUCAGUCUUUGCCCCACACCUCACCAUGCCACUCACCACAGCCGCCCCGAACCCCGGCGUCAACUUCAUCGGAGAGAACGUCGGCCACAACAAGAUCCAAGAAGGCAAUGGCUAUCGUUUGUCGGAAGACGACUUUCAGAGAGCGAGAGAUGAUGUGGCGCCGUCCAAAAUCAAGGGCAAGUGGUUGACUUGGAUGGUCACCUUCGUCGCUGGAACAGGCUUCACACUCUUUGGCUACGACCAGGGUGUCAUGUCGGGGCUCCUGACUCUUCCGUCUUUCGAGGCGCAGUUCCCACAGACUGCUGGUGGUUUUGCUGGGUCCAGCACUGCUACCCUCCAGUCUUUUAUGGUUGCCAUCUAUGAACUCGGCUGUAUGGCCGGAGCACUUUCCAACAUUUGGAUCGGCGACAAGCUCGGGAGACGCCAUACCAUCGCCUUGGGCGGCUUUAUCAUGUUCAUCGGUUCUAUCCUCCAAGCUGCUGCCGUCAACUACGCCAUGAUGCUCGUUGCUCGUGUCAUCACCGGUCUCGGCAACGGUCUUCUCACUUCGACCGUUCCGGCUUAUCAAUCCGAGUGCUCCAAAGCUCAUCGCCGAGGACAGCUUGUGCUUGCAGAGGGAUCAUUGAUCACUUUCGGUAUUAUGGUAUCGUACUGGGUCGAUCUUGGAUUCUUCUAUACCACUGGGAGUAUCUCGUGGCGCUUUCCUAUUGCUUUACAGUUGGUUUUCAUCAUCGUCAUGUGCGCUUUCAUGUACGCAUUCCGCCUCCCCGAGUCACCUCGUUGGCUGGCCGCUAAAGGCAAGUUCCCUGAAGCACUUGCCGUCCUUGCCGCUCUCGACAAUACCACUGUCGACGAUCCCUCCGUCAUCACCAUCUUCCACGGUAUCACCGACGCCAUCGCUACUGAACAAGCUGGCGAGUUUAGCUUCAGGGAGAUCUUCACCGGAGGCAAGACACAAAACUUUAGAAGGACGAUGUUGGGCGUUGUCGCUCAGUGUUAUCAGCAGAUCUGCGGGUGCAACUUGAUCAUCUACUAUCUUACUUCGGUGCUCACCGGCCUUGGCCUCGGGGAUGAGAUGUCUCGAGUCAUCUCGGGCGUCAAUGGGACUUGCUUUUUCCUUACUUCCUUGGUCGCUAUUGCAAUCAUCGAACGCGCGGGCCGCCGCUCUCUCAUGCUCUGGAUGGCCCUCGCCCAGUGCAUCACCAUGGCCGUUCUCGCCGGUCUCUAUGACCAGUCCCAAGCAGAAAACAAGGCCGCCCAAGUCGUCUCUGUCCUCAUGCUCUUCCUCUUCAAUACCUGGUUUUCUAUCGGGUUCCUCGGUAUCACUUGGCUCUACCCUGCCGAAGUCACGCCUCUCCGUAUUCGCGCUCCGGCCAACGCGCUGUCGACGGCAUCCAAUUGGUUGUUCAACUUCAUGGUGGUCAUGUCCACUGGGCCGAUGUUUGCCAACAUUGGGUGGGGCACGUACGCGUUCUUUGCGGCGAUGAAUGGAAUCAUCAUUUUCCCUGGUAUAUACUUCUUCUUCCCUGAGACCAAAAGGUACUCGCUCGAGGACCUCGACAUCAUUUUCGCCAAAGCUUAUGUGGAAGGACUCGAUCCGGUCAAAGUCUCGCUUCGGCCCGAGUCUGUACCUAAAGCUGGGUCUAGUGAGGCGGAGGAGAUCUUGGGGAGGGACGUCGAUGGUCAGAAAGAUGAGAAAAAGGAGGCGAGGCGCAAGAUUGGAGGGGAUGAGGAGAAGAGCAGGGUUGAGCAUCUUGAAUCUGUGUAA